AUGGCCGACACGCUGCGCAGCCAUCGCGCAGAGUCGACGCGCCAGACAAUGGCCCUUGAGAAGCUGCACACGCGCAACGCUGACCUGUCGCGCCAAUUGUCCCUCGCCCAGGCGCAAGAGCAGUCUGCUCGCAAAGCCCUGCAGACGGCCGAGUCGUCUGCCCGCAAACUGCGCGCCGAGAUGCAGCGCCUCAAGACAACGGUCGAGCAGGUCCGCACAAGCUGCACAAACGACGUGCGCAAGCGCGACAGAGAGAUUCAGCGGCUGAAGGCGCAUUUGACCAGCCAGCAGCGGGGCAACAAGACAGGGCUGGUGGGCGCGAGCAUCACCAUCAACCCCGGCAGCCUAGGCCUGGCCGGCUCUACCAGCGUCCUCAACGAUGAUGCGCCCGACGUGGACGAUCCCGCAUACAGCCUCAAGCAGGAAACGACUGAAUUCUUGACACAGUUAAGCCAGAGCCUCAGUGAUGAAAACGACAGUCUGAUUGGCCUUGUGCGAAACACACUCAUGACGCUGAGGGAGCUGCAGGGCAUGCCAGACCGUGAGAGUCCGCGAGAGGAAGCAGGAGCAGAAGGGCUCUCGAUGAUUGGCGAAGAGGAAGAAAACACACAGCAGGGCAUGAUGCAGGCAUUGCCCACAGACUACGAAACUCUGGCUACCGACAUGGACACGGUGCUGGACAAUCUCAAGAAUCUGCUGACCAACCCCAACUUUGUGGCCGUGGAUGAGGUGGAGAUGCGUGAGGAGGAGAUACUCCGAUUACGUGCAGGCUGGGAGAAGAUGGAAGCACGUCUGCGAGAGGCCUUUAUGCUCAUGGACUCGUGGCGAAAGCGCAUGACCAACGGAGACACAAUCAACCUUGACGAACUGAAGAUGGGCUUCAGUCUCGACAUGGGUCUCGAUCACGAGGAAAGAGGUGAGGCCUCUAUGGACGAGGAUGAGGAGGCUGUAGAAGAUGGGAGUUCCAUGUUCGACGACGAGGUGGACGAGAGCAACAAUGAGGAAGGAGACGAGGCCGCCGACGUCGAGUCAGAAGGGCAAGCACCCUCUUCGCCCGAUGCCGAGCAAGACCAGUUCAAACUGAAGCGGCAAGCGAAUGCAGCUGCGCUCCGCGAAACAAACGGCAACGCGUCAGCUAGCAGAUCUCCUCGAAAGGUAGCCUUUUCGGCAUCGAUACCCAACACGCCAUCGCAAGUCGAGAAUGAGAAUGCAGACGCAUCAGGCAUUGACCUGGUAGGCUCGGAGAAAGCCAGUGGCGCAAGCUCUCCGACCAAAGCCCCGCCAUCACAAGAUCGAGCAGCAAAGCCUCGAGGGCGCGACGAUCGCACACCACGCCAUGUACGUUGUGACAGCCUUGCGGACCGGAUCAUGAAAAUGGCCAGCAAAGUCACGUUUUCCUCACCUUCUUCACCUUCCUCCUCUCCCCUUUUCGAAUCCUCGACUGACUACCACCCUCCCCUCGACCGCUCUGACUCUGACAACUUCACGCAGACAAAGAAGCGCCUCUCCAACGAAGCACACCCAGACGAGCCGUCGGCGAAACUGACGGUGCAAGAUAAACUCAGGGUGGUGCAGGCAGAAGCGGAAUCAGCCGCCGUCAGGGCCGCCAGUCCGGUGAAGAAGGCGCGUGAGGCAGGCGCAGGGUUUGCAGCCGAGCCCAGGAGUGCGAAGCGCCCGCCACGGUCCCCGGUGAAGACUAGGGUUGGCGGCCGUCCGAGAAGAAGGAAGAGUACGCUGACGCCAGAGGAGCUUGAGAGUCUGUUUAUGAUGGGCUAG